UAGUGAUUACGUUGAAUGACACUGUCUUCUUCAUUUGGUGAUGUCAUAAUGUUCGCGCCGACCAUCAGGAAUUUCACGUUUCUUGUGCAGGAAUUUCGCCUGCCACGGAAGAUCUCGUCGAUGAAUGCUUGAGAACUUCUGGUGGUAACAAUAAGGCGGCAGGUCAGGAGAAUGCAGCACCUGAUGAGUACAAAGUACAAGAAUCCAGUGAGACCAUGCUGCCCAUGAAGACGUUCCCUUCUUCAGUGAAAUGGACCUGUUCCAUUUGUCAGGUAAAAGCAACCAGUCAGGGCAACUUACGGCAGCAUUUUGCAGGGCAGAAGCACUGGUCAAAAGUAGCAUCCCUGGUAUCAAGAAACAAUGCAAAAUCUCAGAAGGCGAAAGAAACUGUUGAGAAAUCAGGAAAUGCACUUCCAAUGUGGGCGUGCAGGUUCUGCCAAUCCAACUGCACUUGCCAAUCAGACCUGGAGAACCACAUGAAAGGCAAAAGGCACCAAAGGAAUAUCCGAGCCCUGAUGGAAGAAUGCAAAAACAUGGAAAGCAAUUACGCAUCCCCAACCUGGACAUGCAGCCUUUGCCAAGCUAGGUGCACUGGUCAGUCAGUGUUGGAGAACCACCUUAGAGGCAAGAGACACCGUCUGAAUUUUCUGCUUCUACAGGUUGAAGAAGCCAAGCUGUAUCUGUCAGGAAAUGCACUUCCAAUGUGGGCGUGCAGGUUCUGCCAAUCCAACUGCACUUGCCAAUCAGACCUGGAGAACCACAUGAAAGGCAAAAGGCACCAAAGGAAUAUCCUAGCCCUGAUGGAAGAAUGCAAAAACAUGGAAAGCAAUUACGCAUCCCCAACCUGGACAUGCAGCCUUUGCCAAGCUAGGUGCACUGGUCAGUCAGUGUUGGAGAACCACCUUAGAGGCAAGAGACACCGUCUGAAUUUUCUGCUUCUACAGGUAGAAGAAGCCAAGCUGUAUCUGUCAUUGAGUUUCUGCAAGGUCUGCAAUUUGCAGUGCAGCAGCGAAAAGAUGCUUGCUCACCACCGUACUGGGAAGAAGCAUCUGGCAAAGCUCAAUGGCUGCUGACUGCAGGAUCUAGCACCAUAUUUAAACUUCAUCAGUUGUGAUUCAUUCGCCAAGUACAACUUAUUUUACAUACUAUCUAUUAACUAGAUUGUGCGUUCAUACAAUAUGUUGUAAUGCUAGCAUACAGUAGUUUCAUCAUUUAUUCAAUUUCAGCGUGAAUUGUAACAGCCCAAUAAUUUGUAAACAUGUCAUGGAGCAUACAUGUGCAUCGUAUUUUGCAUCCAAGUAAAUUUUCA